UUUCCCACUUUUUUCCCGCAUGUUACGAUCUUACGCCACUCAUUGGUCGCAUAUUAUAACCAUAUMAAGUAUCGGAGAUUGGACGAUUGGAGAACCUAAAACAGGGAAAAGCAUAAACAAGAUUCAGAUACUGAAAUACAACAAAUACGUAUUGUUGUUGAAUAACAUUCUAUUAAGUUGAUAUACCUUUGAUUUGCCAUGGCGUACAGCCACUCGCUUGAUACUAGAAAUCUUUAAGAAUCAAAGCUCAAAGUUCACGUGAUACGCAAUCAUAUAAUAGGCCUAUGUACGUAAUACACUGCGAAACGUUAGAGUGACUACAUGCGAGGAAGGUGUGGCAUCGAACGUUAAAAUGUUUACUUAUAAAAAUCAUAAAAUUGAACAAUCACAAACUCCAUCAAAUAGAAAACGUAAAUUAUUUUCUAUCGACGAUUUGGAUGAAAAUAUCUCUCCAUCUAAAGUGUAUGAUCUUGAACAUGCUUUUCCUGAAACAUCUUUUAAAAUGAAUUCAACUAAAUUAAGUCCUACUCUAAAUGAAAAAUUUGAAAGUCUUAUUUCGAAAUCAAAGAAUGACCAUUUAUGUUUAUCAUCAAUUGCCACUAUGGAUUCUUCAAAUUCUCAACCAAUUGAACAAAAUACCAUUACACCGUUAAAAUCAAAACAUGUUGGAGGAGAUGAAAAUAUUUUAAAGGAAAACUUAAGUUUAAAUGAAAUCCAGAAUAACAAGGCUGAAUAUGAAGUAAAAGCUUCAUGUUCUUAUGAUUAUAAAAAGAUGUCACACGAAGAUUUUUGUGUUGAUCGAGUUACCCGCUCACAUUAUAAUCCAAAAGUAAAAACAGAACCAUUCAAAGAUAGUAAGACAACGAGUAAAAAAAGACCUAGAUCUAUCAGCCGAGAAAAAAAAACUAAAAUAAAUUUGUUUCCUGAUGUUAAAUCGUCAUUGAAGAAGGAGUCUACAGAUAUAAAAUUAUGUAAAAAAGARGAGAAAAGUAAUUCAACUAAAAAGAAUGUUGCUAAAAAAACCAAAACUCCUAAACAAUCUUCUUUGAAAAAAAAUACUUGGACAGAAUACAUGAAUCAAAACAAACCUAAACGCAUUCUAUUGGAACAAKACAGUAACAGAAAAUUUUUUAAGUCCAAAGUGAUUCAUAAUGAUACACCAAAUAAGAAAAAAGAAAAUGACUUUAACUUUAAAGUUAUAAAUUGGAAUGAUGAAAAUAGAAAUGGUUCUAGAGUUGAAGUCAAGGAGUCAAAUUUAAAUAAAAUAMUCAAUGACAGCAAAAUGGAUGAAAAUGGACAACAUAUAAAUAAGUCAAUAGAAUUAUUGGAUGAUAGCCAUCUAACAGAUUUAUAUAGUCCAUUACAGACUCCUGCAUUUAAAACAAAUCAUGAAGAUCCAAAAUGUAUGAAUGAAGAUGUCCAAAUUCAUAGCUCUAUUGUAAGAUCAGUUUCAAUUAAAGAUGUGUAUGGUUUUAAUGAGAACUAUAAUGAAAAUAAAUGUCCUUCUGCUUAUUCUUCACCAGCUGCUUAUCUAAAAGAAGCAUCAAAUUCUUCAAUUGUUUCCAAUAGUACGUUCAUAGACAAACCAUCUGAUACUUCAAUUGAUAAAACCAUAUCAGAAUUUUCUGUUGAUGCUUCAGUUCUUGUAAAUGAAUCUUCACAAACUAACUUGUUCCCAAUUUUCAUAAAUGAAACUCCUCCACGUAGUCACAUUAUUCGUUCUAGUGAAAAAAAGAGUUCAGUGAGAAAAGGAAGAAAAAUUAUUGAUAAUACUCAAUACCAGAUUUAUGCAGGACAAAAGAAAUUUGGUGGUUUUCUGUGUAAAGAAUGUGGUCUUUAUUAUUCAAGAGGAGAACCAGAAGAUGAAGCAGAACAUGACAACUAUCAUAAAGCMAAGGAUAUUUUUAAGUAUAAGAGCUCAAAAAAUGAAAAAGUAAUUUUUAAAGAUAUUGAUGAACGCAUAGUUGUUAUAUCUGGAUCGGAUUCUAAAAUAUUAUGUUCAAAAGCUUUAGAAGUUAUGUUAUAUGUUGAUAAAGAACUUGGCUGUUAUACACAACAUUCUGUUUUACCCACAACUAAAAAAGUUCAUUUGUAUAUAAAAAAAAGACAAGUAAUUGGAUGCCUAGUAAUAGAUCUCAUAUCGCAAGCUAACCGUAAUAUAGAGACUGAAACAGAAGAUGUGGUUGUUGUAUCUGAAGAAUCUUAUCCUGUGAAAGCAGGUGUCAACAGUAUAUGGACGAAAUUGGAUUGCCGUAAUACUGGAAUUGCAACCAAACUGCUUGACUAUUUCCGUAAGAACUAUGCAUUUGGUCAUAUAUUGGCAAUUGAUGAAAUAGCAUUCACAGUGCCUACACGCUCCGGCAAACAAUUUAUUAAAAAGUAUACUAACAGAAACGAUUUUUUGGUUUAUACUGGAUGGUAAUUAUUGCAGUUUGUCAUUCUUCAGAUAAUAUAAAUUUUUUGAUUAUUAUAGUAUUAUGUAGUAUUUCUUAGCAGAGUUAAAUAAGAUCAAUAUAAGUACUAUUGAAAAGUAAUUUAUUUUUGUUAUACAUGAGU